CAAACCUUGUUUGUCUUUGGAUACCAUAGUUCUGAUCACUGCCACUGAUAUUUAAAACUAAGUUUGUUUCUCCCUACCUUCCUUUUCUCGAUCUGUGCAAUUUGUUGCACACUAUUUUCUCUUCUUCGUCAUCCCUGAUUACUUCGACUUCCAUAUCCCGUACCCCCUUUCUGCACCUCCUAUUCACACUUAUUGCGUGAGUAAAUACAUCUCCUUAUUAUCUUCCUACUCAUGCAGUUCAUGUAGGAGGACUUCUUAAACAUGGAGUAUCAACCUGAUGCGCGGAGGGGCCAACAUGAGCCUCAGCACCACUUCGGUCCCCCGAAUAUUUCCCCCGCUGCCGUGUCCGAUACACCAAGGCCCACCCGAAGGUCCGCUCUACCCCCCUCGAUUUCCCCCGGGAUCAGCCGUGGACAUCUUCGCCGCUUCGAUAUCCCCGAUGAGGAGGGCAAGUCUUCAGUUUUCCCGGAGCAGGUCCCACCGGCUGGUGAUCCCCAGCCGCAGUACACACGGGAUUGUGUAAAAAGGUUCCAGGACUGGCGUUCGGAAAAAGGAAAUUUGGCUUCUCGGGGCGGUAGGGAGGGGGGGUUGGAUAUCGAAAUAUCAUUACUGGGUUUUCUCAGCUUCAAAAAGGCCUUGCAUAUAGAUGAUGAUCAUGAAACGUAAGCCACUUUCCCCUUUCCAUCGUAAGUUUCUAAUUGAAUAGCGCUAGGUUUCCGAAAUAUUCAUAUGACUCGUUCACCUCAGUGCUCACCAUUCAAUGCAUGCCAAGCGUUAUCCAUGAACAGGUGGUGUCGACCAUUUCAGAAGGUCUGACUCUGGCUCGUAGCCAUCUCCCCACCUACCUUCAGCAGAGGAUUGACAUCGUGGGAAACCAAAAUUUUACCAAUUUUCACGGCGCGUACCAUGGGUCGGAGAAAACACCAGACACUGCGUUGAAAAUUGAAGAUUCUUCUGGGAAUCUGGCGCUGAGGUUUAUCUUGGAGGUUGGUCUCGCAGAGACUUAUGAGAAGCUAGUUCGCGAUGCCAGUUUGUGGCUGGACGGUACCGAGACAGUUUCCGCAGUUAUGCUCGUGAAGCUGGUUGAGGAUCCAGGCUACCAGUGCCCAACCCAAUUACUCAGUGAUCAGGAAUUUGCUCAACAGGGGUUUCUCCGCCCGCAGGAACUUAACUUGUCAACCUUCGCGCUCCAUGGCUCAUAUGGCCCCGCAGUUUACAAGGGGUUCACUUGGGUAGGGAGCGUCUCGGGCUUUAUCGAGAUUUGGAAAAGAGAUCGAGUGUCUGGGUUAGCCUCACGAACUAGAGGUCCAUUGGUAAGUUGCUUGUUAAAGUAGCUGAAGUCAUUUAAGCUGACAUAUGUAGAACCUCCUAUCGAUGGCUGAUUCCACGGCUAUUGACUUUUGGAUGAGCGACUUCAUUGAUAUUCCUCCUGAAGACGAUCAACCAAUUCUCUGCAAAUGGGGCAACUUUCUUAAUAAUCUCGGGCGUUAUAUCAGGGAGCUGGCAGCUGACAGAUGUCGUCGGGCUCUAAUCGACCGUGAGGGGCGUAUGAAUAUCUUAGACCGCGAUUAUCAACCCUCUCAUUCAGUCGAUUCUCCGUAGCAGUCGAUUUGCCGUUUGUACCUUACGUUCUGCAUUUUUCUUCUCUCUGGGGUGGUGAUUGCGGGACUGUGUGGUGAUGUGUAGCUUAGUCACCAAGUGAUGUAUGGUGGAUGGUGCUCGUGUUAAAUAGAUACCCGCCCUUGCGCAACCUCCGGAUACAGGACAAUGAAAUUGACGAACUACCUG